AUGGAUCCCAUUGUACCUGUCGGUACUGAACUUUACAUCAAAGAAAAUGCAGCAGAAUGUCACACUGACAUGUACGAUAUUUUGGAUAGUGAGGCAGCUUUUCCUAUACUUAGAAGAGGUUGUACCUUUUAUUUUGCUAUUCGUUUUAACAGAGAAUAUAUACCAACUCAAGAUGUGGUCAGAGUAAGAUUUGCUAUAGGACCUAAACCAAAUGUUGUAAAAGGAACCAGAGUGAUUCUGCCCAUCAACCCGAGAAAGAAACGUUCAAUAGAAGAUCCAAACCGAUGGUCGAUAAGUUUGAACCGCGUUGAUGGUGAUACCAUCGCUGUCCAGGUGCGUGUUUCUCCUCAUGCUCCUGUUGGUAUCUGGAAAUGCUCGUUACAGACCAACAUAGCUGGCGAAAAAGGCAGAAGAAAUGAUUACGAAAUUCCAGAUGAGAUCUACAUCAUUUUCAACCCAUGGAAUAGCCACGAUGGAGUCUACAUGGAAAAAGAGGAAGAAAUAAAGGAAUACGUGUUGAACGAAGUGGGUAAAAUAUGGUGCGGAACGUUCAAGAAACCAACCGGAAAACACUGGGUGUUUGGACAAUUCGACGACAUAGUUUUACCAUCCGCCAUGUUGUUACUGGAAAAGUCUGGAUUGCCUCAUUCGGAAAGGGGUAAUCCUGUGAUGAUUGCCAGGGCAUUGUCAGCAAUAGUGAAUUCUGUUGAUGAUGAUGGUCUUGUGGAAGGUCGCUGGGAUGGCAACUACGAAGAUGGAACCUCACCAUUUGCCUGGACUGGAUCUCAUGCUAUCAUGGACCAGUUUCUCCAAUCUGGAGGCAACCCAGUCAAAUACGGACAAUGCUGGGUCUUUUCCGGCGCUACAGUAACUGUGUGCAGGACUUUGGGAAUACCCUGUAGAUCCACAACGAACUAUGUUUCCGCUCAUGAUACCAACAGAUCAAUGACAGUUGAUAAAUUCUUUGACAUGUUUGGCAACAAAAUUGAAGAAAGCGAAGAGGUGGAUUGCAAAGACUCUUGUUGGAAUUUCCAUGUGUGGAACGACGUCUGGAUGGCCAGGCCGGACCUGCCCCCUGGAUACGGCGGUUGGCAAAUAAUCGACGCCACUCCUCAAGAAACAAGUGACCAAGUAUACAGGUGCGGACCGGCUUCUAUUGCUGCAGUACAGAAAGGUAGUAAAAAAUUUAUUUAA